UAGUACACUACACUAGUACCCUCACGCACCUAGCUCGCCUCGGCCAUCCUCCCCCCCUCCCCCCUCCGGUCCCAACAACGGCAGUUCGUCCCCGACCCGCAAACAGCGAGACACCAACUCCAUUGAACAACACAACGAACCCACCCAGCGAUAAGGGUACCUCAACCGACGAUCCAUCACUCCACGCUCUCUCUUCUGCGCCGCUUCUCUUUGUCCCCAAACAUCACCUUUGUCGGGCAAAAGGUCGUCCGCAUCUACACGAACAAACGAAACGAUACUCGGCGGCACAACCGCGAUCCUACGCUCUCAAUUACGCCGACAAUGUCACCUUCAAAUGCCCCUGGCACCGGCGCUCCACCCCCGUUCUCCUCGACCCCAGACUCCACUUCGGCGACUACGACGGCAAUAAGCAACUUGAUGCCUCCUCCCCCGCCUCUGCUCCUCAGCAAGCGCGUCACCGCUUUCCUCCACGCAAACCUCUCGCCAUAUAUCCGAACGGCGGCGCUGACCACUCCCGCCGGGAAGCUGCUCGCCCAUGCUAGUAACGGGCUGAGUGCCAGUGCACUGAGGCGACAAUGUGCCGUGGCCGCUUCGCUUUGGGGGCUCCAUCACCCAUCAGGCUCUGAAUAUGGUGGUGGUGGUGGAGACGCGCAUGGGGCGGGGGACCACCAUGUGAUUGGGAGUCCAACAGGGAGCACAGCGAGUCAGAGCACGGUUGGGACUACGAGGGGGGGCGCCGCAGGAGGAGGCGGGCUAAGAGCGCGGCCAGUGCCUGGACAGGCGGUCACGGUGCAAAUGGACAACGGGCUGGUGUUUGUGAUUAGGAGGCUGAGGUGCGGCAUGCUGUUCAUAUGCAUGGGUGGUGAAGAGGGACACGGCAAUGGGAAACAGCCAGGGGAGACGGAAGCGAAUGGGGAGGGGCUGCCCACACCACAUCUCGACCCCGGUCUCCAACAUCAUCUCCCCUUGCGCGCGGGACCACAUCGGACACCCACAUCAUCCUCAGCGACAUCGGCGAGGUCAAAGAGGGAAGCGGACCUCUCCGGGGAAAACACGCCUCUCAGCACAUCUACCAACACGGGGCCUUCUGCAUCGACCAGCCAAAGCAGCAACACCAACGCAGCGAACAGCGCCACGGGGGCAGCCCGGGGCCCAUCGGCAUCGAGUGUCAGGGCGAUGAGGAGGCAGGUGGAGGAAUUGGCGCGUUGGCUGGAUGAGCGGUUAGGCACGCUCUAUGUUCCGGAGGAAGGUAUCGGUCUUGGAUUCGGAGGGGCUCCUGGAGUGGAGCUGCGCUAGAAACAGCACAAAUGACUUGAUAAGUAACGACUUGGCAAUGAGGCGCACA